GCGUUUGUAAACAUCCUGCAACAGGUGGUCCCGUCAGCUGGUCCUCCGGCAAUUGUUGUGCCCGUUGCCAUGGACUACUGGGGGCGAAAAACGAAGUAGAUAACUGCUCGGAAAAUUACCAAACUGAAAAUUGUGAGUAACCAUAAUGGAGGACUAUGCACCCAGCCGCUAUAAAAUGCUCGAGAAAAUCGGCGAGGGCGUCCAUGGCUGCGUGUUUAAGGCCAUCGAUCUGCAGCGCAACAAGGAGGUGGCCAUCAAGAAGGUGGCCCUUAAGAACAAGUUCGGAAACAUAGCCCUAAAUACGUUGAGGGAAAUCAAGACCCUGCAGCUCUGCAAGUCUGAAUAUAUUCUGGACAUCAUUGACAUAUAUCCCGACCUAACUGGUCUCUCCUUGGUGCUGGAGUACCAGCCGGACACUCUGUACAACCGCCUUAAGAGCGAGGUGAAUCCCCUGAGCCGCCAGCAGGUGCGCAAGUUUGCACACCAAAUGUUCAAGGGGAUUGCCUAUCUGCAUGACGCGGGUCUGAUGCACCGGGAUAUCAAGCCCGCCAACCUGCUGAUCAGCGAUACAGAUAUGCUCAAGAUUGCCGAUUUCGGACUGGCACGUCUGUACUUCCCUGAAGAGGAGUCGCGCCUUUAUUCGCCUCAGGUCUCAACCCGAUGGUAUCGGGCUCCAGAGAUUCUCUUUGGCAGUCAGAAGUAUGGAACCGGAGUGGAUAUGUGGGCGGCAGGUUGUGUUGUAGCGGAGAUGCUACGCGGAGUGCCUCUGUUUGCGGGAACCACCGACAUCGAGCAAUUGGCAAUCAUCAUUCGCACUUUGGGCAGCCCACGUCUGAAUCAGUGGCCGGAGCUGACGUCCCUGCCGGAUUACAGCAAGAUACGAUUUCCCAACUCCGUGGGCAUUCACUGGGACAACUUGUUUCCCAGCUGCACACAUGCGGUGGAAAUCAAUCUGGUCUCGAAUUUGGUGGUCUACAAUCCCAAAAACCGACUGAAGGCUAGCGAGGUGGGUUCUGCUUCAAGAUUGAGACCGGUUAGGUAUUAUAAUUGGUAAAUUCUAUAUUUCUCAGGCCGUCGAGCAUGACUAUUUUCACUAAUUAUAAGACUAUUUACACGGACAUUGCUAGCAACUAAGAGUUUUCCGAUUCUUUGAAUCUGCAAGGGAGAAUGAGUGUGAUUAAUUGAGGUAGUAAAGGAUUAUGAUCAUCAGGACACCUACUUGCACUUGAGGCAUGUGAAGAACACCGUCUGGCCCUCGUCCGCCGAUCGAAGCUGCAGGGUCGCAUAGGACAUCUUGUCGUGGUUGCACUUGGGACACUUCCUCUCCACGACGGGCCCAUCCGCGUCCGAUUCCGACUCCCUUUUCGUCCUGUUGAACACCUUACUGGGGUCGUAGGUGUUAAAGUGUAUGGUAAACUCGGACUUCUCGCCGCUGUAAACUAUUUUUAAGUGUUAAAUAAAAUAAACAAAGGUGUAAUUUCUGGAUUUACCAUCUGGCUGAAACUCCUGCUUGCAGUUGCAGCAAAACACAUUGCCCUUGACUUGCAGCUCGGGCAGAAUGGAGCCGCAGGAGGGACAAAAGCCGGGACAGUUGGAAAAAAUAUCCAUGCCAGUAAAUAUACAAGC